AUGUCGCAGGACCUCCUCGAGCUCGUACUCUCGGUCAACGCGGCGCAUUGCAGCCGUGCCAAGCACCCGACGCCGUACGCGCCUCGGAUCCGGGUCGAGGGCCUCGACGACGAGCUCACGUGGCCGCUCCGUGACGCUCAAAUCGCAGCCCUCGCUUUGAAAUAUCCAGGCGACCCGAUAUUUGUGCCGGAAUCGGCCAUGAUUUUUGUCGACAAUGACAUGUUUAAACACGCGUUGGGUCAAGACGACCACGAGGUCAUCCGCGGCUUGCACCCGUGGGGUGUCUACAACAUCACCUUUACCGGUCUCUCGAUCGACCGCAUUGGGUGUCCCUCUGCAUUUGACAGUACCGAGCCGACCGACGAUACGUUUGGCGUCCAAGUGCACGUGCUUCCAUCAGACGUUCUCGGUGGCGCCGUCACGCUCGCGUACGAAGAUCGGUCGACCACGUGGGAGUCGGUGAGCGAUCACAUGCUGGGGUUCUACACGGCGUGCUCGCUCGCAGUUGCGCCGAUCACGGCGGGUGCGCGGUCGGUCCUCCUCUAUCGUGUCGACCACGGUGCUUACUACGAUUCCAACGACAGCGACAACUGCGACGACAGCGACGACAGCGACGAUGACGACGUGAACGCCGCGUCGAUAUACAUGGCGCCGAUGCCACGCCCGACGCAAGCGCUUAUGCACAGAGCCAUCUCUAAACCGUUGUCGCACAUUGCACUUUGCGUCCGCAUUCCGCACACCGGACCCAUGUCAUUUGCGCUACUCGCUGGUGACGCCAAGGCAACGGUCGACUACCUCGUGUCGACGACGCUGCUCGAUGUAGCCCUUUUGCACGGCGAGCGACCUGUCUUCCACCCAGCGUGCGAGACGCCGACGUCGGUUGUUGCAGCCACAACCCGAGCGAGUCUUUUUCACGCGCUAAACUGGCACACCGACUACACGCCCCGAGAAGGGAUCAUGCACAUUUGCUUUUGGCCCAAGGCGCACCGCGUCUACUUGCUCGGACUUGAAGCGGCGCUGCCGCUUGUGCAACGAUUGGUCGAUGGCGAUAGUACCGUCGAUCGGCUUGGCGCGACGAGCGUGCGCGCCUUUAUGACCGCGACGGUCGACAUGGUUCGCCUCCGCCUGCAGAAGCGCUGCCGCCUCGCAAUCGCGUCGUCGACGUGGUCUACACUCGGGGCACUUCUCUUGGACUUUGGCGACGUCGACCUUUGCAUGCUGUUCCUGCAGCAUACUGCAACCGACGGCUUGUUUUGGUCGGUGGUCAAUGCGGUCCGCGAUUGGUUCCUCGCUCUUGUGACGCGCUGUGGCUGGCAACCAUUGCUCCCGCAUCUCCAAAGUCUCAUGGACGCCACGAGCGCAUCACGGGACGUCAUGUUCCUGUGCUUGGUCGAGCGACUCAUUCUCAACAACCGCCUCUGUGUGCGCCAACGACACCUCACCGAGCUGCUCAAGGCUGUCCUGCAGACCGUCUUGCAACGAUGCGCGCGCCAAACCUCUGCACAGCAUGCCAUCACAUUCGUUCGCGCAGCCCUGCGCAUCGCGUCGUGCUUGGCCGUCGAAGGCUCGGAUGUCGUCGUUGGCUCAGUUCUUUCGGAACGCUUACCGGCGUCGGUGCUGGCCAUCGUCGAGAGCUUCGACACCAACACCUUGGCGCGCGCUGUGCAGUUGAAUGAGGAUCUGAAACGGGAGCUCCCCAAGGUGCUCUGGGGGCUACGAGACGCGGGGUUGCAACUUCCGACGCAGACGUACUUGCAGAUCGCGACGGCGUACUACUGCAAGAAGUCGGACUGCCACCGCUGCGGACUCGCCGCGCUUCUGCUGCUCACACGAGACACACUGGCCUUUGACUCUGUCUUUGACGCCGCUUUGCGCCGGGAUAUGGACUUGGAGAUCUGGGCCGACGUUCUUGUGACACCCGGUAUGCACCUCGCGGCGUCGCAGGCGACCUCGCUGCUCGCGCAGGUCGCGGCGGCCGUCGUCGACGUCACCCCGAUCGUUGAGAUCACGGAGACAACGUGCUUGCAUUAUGCUGUAUCCCAAAUCCAGGGUGCGCUCAGUAUUUGCCACUACCUCAAGGACGAUCAAGCGGUGGCGACGGUCCUCGAGCGCGUUUUUUCAAUGCAAGCCAUGCACACGGCGCCGAUCACGUUCGUAAUGGACGUGCUGGUGCCUCUCCACGACACGUGCGUCGGCCUCAACCGUUCCACGCUGGCCCAUGCCCUUGCGACGCGCGCCUUGUCGGUGGUUUCAGCGCACCUGGCUGCCUUUGGCACGCGAGAUCAUUGGACGACGUCGGCGUGGGCAUGCGACUGCUGCGUGUGCAAGUUGGUGGUAGCAUUUGCAGACAGCUCCGAACCGCCGCAUGCCUGGCGAUUUGUGCUCGGCUAUUGCAGGCACUUGCGCACGCUCGUGGAAACAGGGACAGUCUUUCAUCGGUACCCGUCCCACGAGCGCGACGUGUGCUUGAAAACCACCGAUGACGACGAUGACCGCCACUUUACGCUCAGCAAUCACACGACCGAGCUUCUCGAGCAGAUGCGCGACGCCAAGGCGCGCCUCGAGCAGUCGCUUGUCGCUAGCAUGUAAACCACUUGAAU